UUGCUUUUGGGUUGUAGGCUCUUGGUGUCAUAAGAUGUCCAACACCCUUCUGCUGCUGCUUUUGCCAUUUCUGCUGUCAGUUAAUGGAUGUUCCUCCACCACUCACCACACUGGGUGGAGUGCAUUUGGACUUGUGGGCUCAUCCUUCACCUUCCAUGCUCAGUCCGGACCACCUUCUCUCCAGCAGCAGUUAAGGUCCAUCCUUAAAGGAUACACCAAAGGGGUACGUCCAGUACGUGACUGGAGACGAGCCAGCGUGGUGACCCUCGACUUGACCGUGCAGGCCGUCCUGGAUGUGGUGGAAAAGCAGGAGAAGGUGGUUCUGUUCAUUGAGGUCAGGCAGCGCUGGCGUGACGAGUACCUGCACUGGCACCCUGCCCAAUUCCAAGGAGUCCAUAGCUUCUCUGUGCCUGUAGAGAGCAUCUGGGUGCCCGACAUCACCAUCUUUGAGAAAGCAGAGGAGGACAAGUUCUCCCCGGGAAAGUUUGUCUAUGUGUCUCACGACGGCCAAGUGGAACUCCUCAGAAUGCAGCUGCUCUCCUCUAUGUGUCCCCUCAACUUCUACAAUUUCCCUCUGGACGCCCAGACCUGCAAUCUGACGUUUGGAGUCCUCGCUCACAACAAUAGCCAAGUACAAGUGAAAAUAGGUAACCAGCUCAAAGUAUCCAACAGUCGGCAGGCCAUCUCAUCACUGAAGGGAGAAUGGGAGCUUCUGUCAAUCCAGGAAGUCGAUGUACACUUCGAGAGAUGCUCUGCCAUCCGGGUGCAGGUUACUGUCAGAAGACGGGCUCUUUUCUAUAUAGUUAACCUCAUUGUGCCGAGUGCCCUGCUGAUGCUGCUGGAUGUGAUGGGCUUCCUCCUCCCACCUUCUAACAAACAGCGCCUCACCUACAAGGCCACCACCUUUAUCGGAUACUUCAUCUUCAUCCUGAUGGUGUUCACCCUCUUCCCACCUUUUAUGGGGCCAUUGCCUCUGAUUGAAGUCUACUUAAUUGGCUCUUUGGGACUGCUGGUUCUAAGCAACCUACAGACUGUGGCCAUGUUUCGCCUAUCGAAUGGCAGGAGCCCAUGGACCCAGAAGUAUUUCUCUGCCUUCCUGUUGGAACGUUGUGAUGGAUACAAGAGGGAGCAGACUAAAGGAGAAGGCAGGAACCCACCAGCUAUUUAAUUAGAAAUUAGAGCUUCUA